GCACCUGGAGCCCGGAGCCCGGCAGCUGCGGCGGCAGCGGCAGCGGUGGCUCGGCCCGGUGCUAGCCCAGCCGAGGGGAGCCAAGGCCGGUCCGGCGUGGCCGGGCCAGACCAGACAGCGCAUCCCCGGCGCCGACAUGGUGGAGGCGGCGCCCGCCGGCCCCGGGCCGCUGCGGAAAACCUUCCUGGUGCCCGAGAUCAAGCCCCUGGAUCAGUACGACUUCCCGCGGGCCAAGACGGCCGCCAGCCUGGCCUGGGUGCUGCGGGCCGCCUUCGGGGGCGCAGAACAUGUGCCUCCGGAGCUGUGGGAGCCUUUCUACACAGACCAGUACGCCCAGGAGCAUGUGAAGCCUCCAGUGACGCGGCUGCUUCUCUCGGCCGAGCUGUACUGCCGGGCCUGGCGGCUCGCACUGCCCCAGCUAGAGGCCCCGCCCGGUCCUGCCGCCCUCUUAACGAUGUUGGCCCGCCGGGGUCUGACCCCGACACUGCCCGAUCGGCCCGUGCGGGAGGCUGACCUGCGAUACCAGCCCAUCCUGAUGGGUGCCCACUUGGCUGUGAUUGAUGCCCUCAUGACAGCCUUUGCCUCAGAGUGGACUGCAUCCCUACCUGUCCCCGCAGUCCCCGGCAGCUGGGAACACAAGCUCCUUCUCUGGGUGGACUCGACCAUGCGGCGACUCCAGGAGAUGACAGAGCGAGAGGCAGCUCAGAGAACCCCCGUGUCCCCAGCAGACAGUGCUGCCCAGCCCUCGUGUCCCACCCGCUGGUACUGGAAGCUCGUUCCCCACGCCGUUGCCUUCUGUUUGAAGGAGUCAGGGAGCAAACCCCCUGUGAUCCGGUACCGAAAGGACCGGGCCGUGGCCCGCAGGGCCCCCUGUUUUCCCGUAGUGUCGGGUCUCCAGGACCUGGCCAGCGGAGCUGCCCUAGCUGCCAUCAUCCACUGCUACUGCCCCCAGCUGCUGAGGCUUGAGGAUGUAUGCCUGAAGGACACCAUGUCUGUGGCAGACAGUCUAUACAACCUGCAACUGGUCCAGGACUUCUGUGCUGCCCGCUUGCCAGGGGGCUGCCCUUUGGCUCUGGAGGACUUACUCUAUGUGCCCCCCCUCCUCAAGACUAAUGUGGCUGUGCUGCUAGCCGAGCUGUUUCUGUGCUUUGAAGUGUUGAAGCCAGACUUUGUGAGGCCCAAGGAACUGCCAGAUGGGCGAGGUUCCUCUCCUGGGGUCAGUGAAGCCUCUACCCCACCGAGCGGCAACGGAGCCAGCUCCCCUGUUUUCAAUUUCCGGCACCCACUUCUGUCUCCUGGGGGGCCGCAGUCGCCCCUCCGUAGCUCAUCAGGUUCCUUGCAGUCAUCACCCUCCAUGACCCACAUAGAGGCUUUCGGAAAGGCAUGGAACCGGCAGCUCAGCCGCCCCCUGUCCCAGGCUGUAUCCUUCAGCACUCCCUUUGGCUUGGACAGCGACGUGGACGUGGUCAUGGGUGACCCAGUACUGUUACGCUCUGCCAGUUCCGAUAGCCUGGGUCCCCCAAGGGUUUCAGCGUCGCAGCCUCCCCCAGAGCCAGCCCCGGAGCCCGGGGACCUCCCCACCAUAGAAGAAGCCCUGCAGAUCAUCCAUAGCGCUGAGCCCCGCCUGCUCCCAGAUGGUGCUGCUGAUGGUGGCUUCUAUCUCCAUUCCCCUGAGGGACCCUCAAAACCUACCCUGUCUUCAUCCUACCCAUCUGAGACCUCAAAAUCUCUUGCUUACUACCCCCAUCCUGAGGGGCCCUCCAAAGCCUCAAAACCACCCUUGGCUUCACCCUACCCAUCUGGAGAGGCCUCUAAACCAGUCCCACCUGAGGGGCCCCCAGCAACACCUACCCAAUCUGAAGUGCGUAUGACAAGCUUUGCAGAAAGGAAGAAGCAGCUGGUGAAGCCAGAAGGUCGGGUUGGGGAGGAGGCUGGGGCAGGGGGCCCUCCUGAGGCCCCUCCAGAAGCCCUGAGCUCAGAAAUGAGUGAGCUGGGGGCAAGGUUGGAGGAAAAACGCCGAGCUAUUGAGGCUCAGAAACGGCGCAUUGAGGCCAUCUUUGCCAAGCACCGGCAGCGGCUGGGCAAGAGUGCCUUCCUGCAGGUGCAGAGGCGAGAGGCUGGCGGUGAGAGUGAUGGGGACGGUGUUGAUGGGGACGAUGGCUCUGGUGCGCAAGUGGCCGAAGGCACCCCAGGCUCAGGGCCCGGGGAGAGGCCAGCCGGAGAGGGCCGUGGAGAGCCUUCUGAAAGGCCCAAGAUGGUGACCUUUUCCCCAGAGGUGGGGUCUGGCCGGCUUUCAGAUGAGGGCCUGGGGGACUAUAACCGGGCGGUCAGUAAGCUGAGCGCGGCCCUGAGCUCUUUGCAGCGGGAUAUGCAGCGGCUCACAGACCAGCAGCAACGGCUUCUGCGGGAGCCCGAGCACCCUGGGCCUGGCCCACCUGCCGCUGCUUGGAUCAUUCCUGGUCCUGCUGGGCCCCGGGCUCCCUCCCCAGCACCUGCUCGUCGUGCCCCACCCCCUCGAUCACCCCAGCCACCACCACGCCGAGCCUCUGUCCCUGCUUCGACCCCAGCUCCCCGUAGCCCCAAACAUGCCCGGCCCGCAGAGCUGCGGCUGGCACCCUUGACUCGGGUACUGACUCCGCCGCACGAUGUGGACACCCUUCCCCACCUGCGCAAGUUUUCACCAUCCCAGGUGCCCGUCCAGACCCGUUCAUCCAUCCUUUUUGAUGAGGAUCAGCCUGGCCCUGGCUCUGGCCCUUCAAAGCCGGAGCCUGAGCCUGGACCCAAGCCAGGAGAGGUACCUGCUGAGCCCCUAGGAGGGGCUGCCACCCCAUCUGGCCGGCCAGGGCUCAUUGAGAUCCCACUGGGGAGCCUGGACAGUGACGGGGAUGGGAGCCCCCCUGGAGGGGAAGACUCUCUGGAGGAGGCUGUGAAUGGAGAGCCGCGGACUGGCCUGGGUUUCUUCUAUAAGGAUGAAGAGAAGCCAGAAGAUGAGAUGGCACAGAAACGGGCUAGCCUGCUAGAGCGGCAGCAGCGGCGAGCCGAUGAGGCACGGAGACGGAAACAGUGGCUAGAGGUGGAGAAGGAGCAGAAGAAGGAGGAAGCUGCCCGGUUGGCCCAGGAGGAGAGGGUCCGAGUUGGGGCCGGGGCCAGCCUGGAAGAGGAGGGCCCAGCCCGGAGAGGGGACUUUACCCGACAAGAAUAUGAGAGGCGGGCACAGCUAAAGUUGAUGGAUGACCUGGACAAAGUACUACGACCUCGAGGGGCAGGGGGUGGGCCUGGAAGAGGGGGUGCCCGUCGGCCCCCUCGACCUCGAUCUGGCUGCUGUGAUGACUCGGCUCUAGGCCGUAGUCCCCGAGGUCUCUUGGGGUCCCGGCUUAGCAAAGUUUACUCCCAGUCCACCCUGUCCCUUUCUACUGUGGCCAAUGAUUCUUCCAACAACCUUGGGGUAAAAAGGCCCACAUCCAGGGCCCCUUCUCCAUCAGGCCUGAUGUCUCCCAGUCGCCUCUUGGGUAACCGAGAUCGGGACUGGGAAAAUGGGAGUACUGCCUCAUCACCAGCCUCUGUCCCAGAGUACACGGGCCCCAAGCUGUACAAGGAACCCAGCGCCAAGUCCAACAAGUACAUCAUCCACAAUGCCUUGGCCCACUGUUGCCUUGCUGGCAAGGUCAAUGAAUCUCAUAAGAACCGCAUCCUGGAGGAAAUUGAGAAGAGCAAAGCCAACCACUUCCUGAUCCUCUUCCGGGACUCAAGCUGCCAGUUUCGGGCACUAUACACAUUCUCCGGGGAGACGGAAGAGAUGUCACGCUUGGCUGGCUAUGGCCCCCGCACCAUCACCAAGUCCAUGGUAGAGGGGAUCUACAAAUACAACUCAGACCGGAAGCGCUUCACACAGAUUCCCGCCAAGACCAUGUCCAUGAGUGUGGAUGCCAUCACCAUCCAGGGCCACUUCUGGCAGACCAAGAAGCCCAGUACCCCAAAGAAGCCCAGCACCCCUAAAUAGGCCAGACAUUUCCUGCCUAGCACUCUUAAGGCCUGGACUCUGCCCCAGAGCCAGCCAGGGGCCUUCUGUCCCCAAGGGCGACUCUAGAGGGAUGGUGGAGGCCCUCUGCCGGGGUGAGAGGGGGUGCUUGUACCACCCUAUCCCAGCCUGGGCUUUUCUCCACUCCCUGGUUAGGAGACUGAGGGCAGGAAGGGGGUUUCAGCUCUUGUCCUGGCCCCCUCCUCAGUCCCCUCCCCAUCUGCAUGUUUCUUCUAUCCCAGCGCCUCUUGGAGGCAAUGUCUCUGUUCCCUACUCCCCCACCCCACCCCACCCCAGCCCAGCCACCUCUUGCCUGGACAGAUUUUGGUCCCCAGUGUUGGGGGGCUCCCGAUCUUCAAGCCUUUGGAAAGCCAGUUUAUAAAUUUGGGCCUGAGCCAGGGUUGGAUUCCAAAGGGGCCUGGACCUGCAUUCAACCUUUUUUUUUUUGGAGGGGGUGUUGGGGGUUGCUUUCCUUACUCCCCAUGCCUCUAGGUCUCUUCCCUAGAAGAUUCUGGAGGGAUUCCCUUCAUCUAUGUGUCGUGUCCUGCUGUGGGGAGGGGGAAGCUGGGAGCUUCAGGGACUCAGGGCUCAGCUCAACAACCCCCUACCCCGUCUGUCUCCCCACCUUGAAUAAAAUAAUUUAAAGAGA